AUGGUCGCUAUCGCCAAGGCCCUCACCCUCCUCGUCCUCCCUCUCGCGGCUACCGCGCGCGCCGUCGCCCGCCAGGACGACACGACGUACGAGGUCGCGUCGGUCGACGACACCACCACCUCGCCCGACGUUGUCGACACGACCGUCGUUGGCGGCGCUGAUGACGGCACCGUCGACGACGCGGCCGACUACUACAACGACUCGACCGACGACGACGGCGCUGAUGACGAGGGUGCCGACGACACCGAGGACACCGACGACGGCACCGAUGACACCGACGACAGCCUCGAGCGCCGCCAGGACGACGGUGCCGACACCACCGACGAGGCCGACUCGGUCGACGACACCACCGACGAGGCCGACUCGGUCGACGACACCACCGACGAGGCCGACUCGGUCGACGACACCACCGACGAGGCCGACUCGGUCGACGACACCACCGACGAGGCCGACUCGGUCGACGACACCACCGACGAGGCCGACUCGGUCGACGACACCACCGACGAGGCCGACUCGGUCGACGACACCACCGACGAGGCCGACUCGCUCGACGACACCACCGACGUGACUGACGGCACCGAUGACGAGACCGAUGAGACCGACGGCACUGACGACGAGACCGACGAGGCCGACUCGACCGACGACACCGUCUACCGUCGCGUCUACCGUCGCCAGGACACCGGCGCGUCGGCCUCUGCCGCCGACUCGGGCGUCGCUGCCUCGGACGCCGCCGCUGCCCCCUCGGACGCCUCGGCUGCUCCUUCGGACGCUUCUGCGUCGGACGCCGCCUCCGCCUCGGACGUUUCGGCCUCCGGCGCCGCCGCCUCGGAUGCCGCCUCGGGAUCUGCCAUCGACUCCGCCGUCACGGCCGAGCCCACUGCUGUUCCCACCGGCGCUGGCCCCUCUGCCUCUGCUGCUGGCCCCUCCGCUUCGGGCGUCCUCCCCACCUCGAAGGCUGCCGCCCCGUCGUCUGCCGCCGCCCACCCCUCUGCUGCCGGCUCGGCGUCUGCCUCCGCCUCGGGCGCCAAGUCGUCUGCCGGCUCUGCCUCGUCGACCAAGCCCUCUGCGUCCGCGUCGGCUUCGGCCUCGGCCAAGUCGGCCGCUGACAUCAAGACCCCGGUCCGCGCCGGCGCGGCCCUCGCGUUCGCGAUGCUCACGGCUUUCCUCGUCCUCUAAGGGGUGAGCGGCUGUAAGUUGCCUUGUCAAAAACCCCAAGUCCUCGUGUGUGCUCCGGCC